AUGGAUGUCAACCUUAAAAAUAAGAUUGGUUCCAAUAAGAAGACCUUUCAACAAAAGAAAAAACCUCCUCCAAAGCCAAGGAGACGACAAAACGAUAUAUACAUAACUACCAAAUCAAAUUUUAAGGCCCAACAAAAGUACUGCAAAGAUCUUUUGGAUUCGGGAUUGAAAGAAAUAUAUUUGCAUUGUUUAGGUAACGCAGUAAAUAGAGGACUUAAUUUAGCGCUUGACUUGGUAAACAAUUCCAAUGAAACUUUAACAUAUGCUAUAAACACUUCGACGAUAAAUUUAAUAGAUGAAUUCCACCCAUUAUGUGACGACGAAGACGUAUCAAUUCAAAGAAGGAAUAACUCUGCGGUUCAUAUAAAAAUUAUACGAAACAGUGCAUACGACAUCGAUUUUACUCUGUAA